GCUGCUUGAAGUGGUUUGUCGUUUUGGAUCUGUUGGUGGGUGCCUGAACCCCCGCCUUGGUUCAGGUCGGGGAGGAAGCACAGUGCUGUGUUGCAGGUGCAAGGAAUGCGCCAGGAAAUGUUUGCAUGCUGACCCAAAACAUCUGUGCGGAGCAGGUGUUUUCUCGGCGUGGGGCUGUGGUGUGGGGAGGCGGGCAAGCCUCACCCCUCAGGGUGCACCUCACACUGCCUGCUCUGGACCUGCUCACGCAGGGCUGCUGCUGGUGCCUCCUGCUCUGAUGAUGCUCGGGAGCGGUUUCAGGCUUGUGCCGUGCAGAUGUACAUGCAAUGACACAGGUGAAACGAGGGGGUGAGCUCUGCAUAUUCGGCACAGUUGGAGAGCAGCAGUGGGACUUGCUAACAGAAGAAGAAUCCUCUGAACACAACUGGGAGCCUGAGCAGCAGGAGGGAGAUACAACCAAGUAGACUGCCUAAAGUUUCACAGCCCCUGAGCAAGCUGGACUUUUCACAUAAUGCUGCAAUAUUCAUAAAUAAAAGCAAUCAAACGACCUGGAGGAAUAAUUAAGUGCUGUUAAUUAGCCUUUAGAAGCACCCUCCUAAGGGUGCUUAGGCACAAGGCAGAACUAAUGUAUCAUCUGCUGAAAGGAAAAUGAUUAGGAGGCUGCGAACAAAAGGGUAAAUCCUGAUUUAAGCAUUCACAGCUAGAGUAAUGAUUGAGGACAGCUGGUGAGAACCUGUUUCCUCCUUUCAAUGUGAACGAAGAAGUGAUAUUUCUAUGAUUGUGUCUUAUUACCAGCAUGCGGUGGGUGAUGUAUUUUAUGAUUUGCUAACAGAUUGUGAUGUUGGAGCACUGAGUGCAUUUUUAAGACCUAAGCUGGGGAAACAAUAUGAAGCUUCCUGUGUGUCUUUUGAAAGAGUUUUAGUAGAGAACAAGCUGCAUGGCCUUUCUCCAGCUCUCUCUGAAGCCAUCCAGAGCAUUUCUCGCUGGGAACUUGUCCAAGCUGCGCUCCCUCAUGUGCUGCACUGCACUGCAACAUUGCUCUCCAACCGAAACAAGCUAGGACAUCAGGAUAAGCUUGGAGUAGCUGAAACAAAGCUUCUUCACACUCUUCACUGGAUGCUGCUGGAGGCCCCUCAGGACUGCAGCAAUGACCGAUUUGGAGGAGACAGAGGCUCCAGUUGGGGAGGGAGCAGUAGCGCCUUUAUCCAUCAGGCUGAAAACCAGGGAUCACCAGGACAUCCCCGGCCCAGUGCCAUGAAUGACGAGGAGGAAAAUAACAGAAGGAAGUUCUUCCAGAACUCCAUGGCCACAGUGGAGCUCUUUGUGUUCCUUUUUGCUCCCCUUGUCCACAGGAUAAAAGAGUCUGACCUGACAUUUCGGUUGGCUAGUGGCCUUGUUAUUUGGCAGCCUAUGUGGGAACACAGGCAGCCUGAAGUUUCUGCCUUCAACGCCCUUGUAAAACCAAUCAGGAACAUCGUUACAGCUAAGAGAAGUUCUCCCACCAACAAUCAGAGCUUGACUUGUGAAUCCCCUAAUGUGGACAGUGGACACACUGAGGGACUCCAGGUGGUCUGUGAGACAACCCAGCCAGAUUCUGUACCUUCAAAGGCCACUGUUUCAGCAUGUCUUCGUGGAAAUUCCUUGGAUGGAAGUGUGUCCUCCCAAACCUCUCAGGAGAGAGGUACUGCACAUCCCAGGGUGUCCUUGGUGAUCCCACCAUGCCAGAAGUCUCGCUAUGCCACGUACUUUGAUGUGGCAGUGCUGCGCUGCCUGCUGCAGCCACAUUGGUCCGAGGAGGGCACACAGUGGUCACUGAUGUACUAUCUGCAGAGGCUGAGGCAUAUGCUGCAGGAGAAGCCAGAGAAACCACCUGAGCCAGAGAUCACCCCUUUACCAAGACCUCGCAGCAGCUCCAUGGUGGCCGCUGCACCCUCUCUGGUGAAUACCCACAAAACUCAGGAUCUUACAAUGAAAUGUAAUGAGGAAGAAAAAUCACUAAGCACGGAGGCAUUUUCCAAGGUUUCACUGACUAACUUGCGUAGACCAGCAGUUCCAGAUCUCUCCACAGACCUGGGGAUGAACAUCUUCAAAAAGUUUAAGAGCCGCAAAGAAGACAGGGAGCGUGAGCGCAAAGGGUCAAUUCCUUUCCACCAUACUGGGAAGAAGCGACAACGCAGGAUGGGAGUGCCCUUCCUCCUCCAUGAGGAUCAUUUGGAUGUCUCACCCACUCGGAGCACUUUCUCCUUUGGCAGUUUCUCUGGAAUUGGAGACGACCGGCGUGGCAUUGAGAGAGGGGGAUGGCAAACCACCAUAUUAGGGAAGUUUACCAGACGGGGGAGCUCCGACACAGCAACGGAGAUGGAGAGCCUGAGCGCUAGGCAUUCACACUCUCAUCACACGCUGGUCUCUGAUCUGCCGGACCACUCAAACAGCCAUGGAGAAAACACAGUCAAAGAAGUGCGGUCCCAGAUCUCCACCAUCACAGUGGCCACCUUCAACACUACCCUGGCCUCAUUCAAUGUGGGCUAUGCUGAUUUCUUCAGUGAGCACAUGAGGAAGCUUUGCAACCAGGUGCCUAUCCCUGAGAUGCCCCACGAGCCGCUUGCAUGUGCCAACCUUCCACGGAGCCUGACAGACUCCUGCAUCAAUUACAGUUGCUUGGAGGAUACGGAUCACAUUGAUGGAACCAACAACUUUGUCCACAAGAACGGCAUGCUGGAUCUCUCGGUAAUUGGCAAAGGAAUGAGGAAAGCCAGGUCCCUCUUCUGUCAAUAUAGCUGUACCAUUGAGAUCAGGGUUUUGAUGGGCUUUUCCUCCACCUCUUUAUAUGACUUCUCUCAGCAGUACAUAAAGGUGGUCCUGAAGGCUGUUUACUUGGUCCUGAACCAUGAUAUCAGUUCCCGGAUUUGCGAUGUGGCACUGAACAUUGUGGAGUGCUUACUUCAGCUUGGUGUGGUGCCCUGUGUAGAGAAAGUUCGGAGGAAAAGUGAGAACAAGGAAAAUGAGGCCCCUGAGAAGAGACCAAGUGAAGGAUCCUUCCAGCUAAAAGGGGCAGCUUCUGCUGGUUCAGCUUGUGGAUUUGGGCCUCCCCCAGUCAGUGGGGCUGGAGAUGGAGGAGAAGAAGGAGGAGGUGGAAGUGGUGGAGGAGGUGGAGGUGGAAGUGAUGGAGGUGGUGGAGGAGGGCCAUAUGAGAAGAAUGACAAAAAACAGGAAAAGGAUGAAGGCCCAUCUGUCAGCACCCAUAGGCUGGCACUCACAAUGCUGAUCAAAAUUGUGAAGUCCUUAGGUUGUGCCUAUGGUUGUGGAGAAGGACACCGAGGGCUCUCUGGAGAUCGCCUGAGACUCCAGGUAUUCCGGGAGAAUGCUCAGAACUGCCUCACAAAGCUGUACAAACUGGAUAAAAUGCAGUUCCGACAGACCAUGAGAGAUUAUGUGAACAGGGAUUCUCUCAAUAAUGUGGUGGAUUUCCUGCAUGCUUUACUGGGAUUCUGCAUGGAGCCAAUCACUGACAACAAAGCUGGAUUUGGUAAUAAUUUCACCACAGUGGACAACAAGUCUACAGCCCAGAGUGUAGAAGGUAUUAUUGUGAGUGCCAUGUUCAAGUCACUGAUCACUCGCUGCGCUUCCACUACUCAUGAGCUGCACAGCCCAGAAAACCUGGGCUUGUACUGUGAUAUCCGACAGCUGGUCCAGUUUAUCAAGGAGGCUCAUGGGAAUGUCUUUCGGAGAGUGGCACUCAGUGCUCUCUUAGACAGCGCUGAAAAGUUAAUACCAGGAAAAAAGACAGAGGAAACUGAGCAAGAGCCGAAACCUUCUGGGAGCAAAAGAUCCGAGGUGGGAAGCGUCAUCAUUGACAAAGGCCAGGCAUCAGCUGCCCCUGAUGAAUGCCGUAGUUACAUCUCAAGCCGCCCAAUGCAAACUCCAGAACAUGAUGAGCAAAUCCAAGGGGCUGUUCUGGGACGCAAGGACUUCUGGCGGAAGAUGUUCAAGUCACAGAGUGCAGCAAGUGAUACCAGUAGUCAGUCUGAGCAGGACACAUCCGAGUGCACCACUGCUCACUCUGGGACCACUACAGACAGGCGCUCCCGCUCCCGCUCCCGACGAAUCUCCCUUCGAAAGAAGCUCAAACUCCCCAUAGGUAAAUGGAACUGGCUAAAGCGCUCCUCCCUCUCUGGCCUGGCUGAUGGAGUUGAAGAUCUCCUAGAUAUCAGCUCUGUUGACCGUCUGUCUUUCAUCAGGCAGAGUUCCAAGGUGAAGUUUACCAGCGCAGUGAAGCUGUCAGAAGGAGGGGGGCCAGGAGGUGGCCUGGACAAUGGACGAGAUGAAGAGGAGAAUUUCUUCAAGCGUCUUGGUAAAUGGCGCACCUGCCGAAGACACCCAUCCAAGCUUCAUCACACAGAAGAAAAAGAUGGUUGCCAUAGCUUUGAUGAUCACUUGACUUCCAACCAAGAAGGAGGAAAAUCCAAGAACGUUGUGAACCUGGGAGCAAUCCGCCAAGGCAUGAAGCGCUUUCAGUUUCUCCUGAACUGCUGUGAACCAGGCACUAUCCCUGAUGCCUCCAUUUUGGCAGCCGCCCUAGAUCUUGAAGCUCCUGUAGUGGCAAGAGCAGCCCUAUUCCUUGAGUGUGCACGCUUCGUUCACCGCUGCAAUCGUGGCAACUGGCCUGAGUGGAUGAAGGGCCACCAUGUGAACAUUACUAAGAAAGGCCUGUCCCGUGGGCGUUCUCCUAUUGUGGGCAACAAAAGGAAUCAGAAGCUGCAGUGGAAUGCAGCUAAGCUCUUCUACCAGUGGGGAGAUGCAAUCGGUGUCCGCCUCAACGAGCUGUGCCAUGCUGAGAGCGAGAGCCCUGCCAACCUGCUGGGCCUCAUCUACGAUGAGGAGACCAAGAGACGCCUGAGAAAGGAGGAUGAGGAAGAAGACUUUUUAGAUGACAGUAAGGAGACUCCCUUUACUACAAGAACCCCCGCUUGCACUGUGAAUCCUACCAAAUGUUGUUGUCCUUUUGCACUGAAAAUGGCAGCCUGUCAGCUUCUCCUGGAGAUAACCACUUUCCUUCGAGAGACCUUUCCCUACAUGCCCAGGCCACGUACUGAGCCUCUUGUGGAUCUGGAGAGCUGCAGGCUGCGUCUGGACCCUGAGAUGGACCGGCACAGGUAUGAAAGAAAGAUCAGCUUUGCUGGGGUUUUGGAUGAAAAUGAAGAUUCAAAGGAUUCCCUGCACAGCAGCAGCCACACCCUCAAAUCUGAGGCUGGCUUCGAGGAGAAAAAAGUUCCCAUCAGGAAGAUCAGGAUAGGAGGCUCCCGCUUGCUCCAGAUUAAAGGAACCCGCAGUUUCCGGGUGAAGAAGGGGGGUUCCCUUUCCAGCAUUCGCCGGGCCGGCAGCCUAAAGAGCACCAAGUUAUCACGGCAGGACUCAGAGUCUGAGAAUGAGGAGCUGCAGCUGUCCCACAGCAGGGACACUGUCACUGAUAUAGAAGGGAGCCCUUGGAGCACGAGCGAACCUAGCAUUGAGCCCGAGGUGCUGAGCAACACAGGCACGGAGGAGAACUAUCAUCGGAACAUGUCAUGGCUGCAUGUUAUGAUCCUAUUGUGCAACCAGCAAAGCUUCAUAUGUACUCACAUUGACUACUGUCAUCCACACUGCUAUCUCCAUCACAGCCGGUCCUGUGCUCGCCUUGUCCGGGCCAUCAAGCUCCUGUAUGGAGACACAGUGGACUCUCUGCGAGAAAACAGCACAUUGAACAGUGUGGCAAGAGGCAAAAAACAAAAGGAAUGCUCAGAUAAGUCGUGCUUGAGAACUCCUUCUCUAAAGAAGAGAGUGAUCGAUAUCAACUUGGAAGGCAAGAAGGACUCUGGAAUGCUAAAAUACAUCAGGCACCAGGUAAUGAGCCUCUCCCCUGCACCUUUGUCACUUCUAAUCAAAGCAGCUCCUGUCCUCACAGAAGAGAUGUAUGGGGACAUCCAGCCAGCAGCGUGGGAGCUGCUGCUCAGUGUGGAUGAGCACAUGGCUGGAGCAGCAGCUGCCAUGUUCCUGCUGUGUGCUGUGAAAGUGCCAGAGGCCGUUUCUGACAUGCUGAUGUCCGAAUUUCAUCACCCAGAGACAGUGCAAAGACUGAAUGCCAUUCUCAAAUUUCACACACUCUGGAGGUUUAGGUAUCAAGUCUGGCCAAGGAUGGAGGAGGGAGCACAGCAGAUCUUUAAGAUCCCUCCUCCAAGUAUAAACUUCACUCUGCCUUCUCCUGUCCUGGGGAUGCCAUCUGUGCCAAUGUUUGACCCCCCAUGGGUUCCUCAGUGCAGUGGGAGUGUGCAAGAUCCUAUAAAUGAAGAUCAGUCGAAGUCGUUUUCAGCCAGAGCUGUAUCACGUUCCCAUCAGCGAGCAGAGCAUAUCCUGAAGAACCUGCAGCAGGAGGAAGAGAAGAAACGCCUGGGCCGGGAAGCCAGUCUCAUCACUGCCAUCCCCAUCACUCAGGAGGCCUGCUAUGAGCCAACCUGCACACCAAGCUCGGAGCAGGAAGAAGAAGUAGAAGAAGUUGCCAACCUGGCCUCCCGCCGUCUCUCUGUGAGUCCUUCCUGCACCUCCAGUACAUCUCACAGGAACUAUUCUUUCCGCCGUGGUUCUGUCUGGUCAGUGCGCUCAGCAGUCAGUGCAGAAGAUGAAGAACACACUACAGAGCAUACUCCAAACCAUCAUGUGCCACAACCCCCUCAGGCUGUGUUUCCAGCAUGCAUUUGUGCAGCAGUGCUCCCCAUUGUCCAUUUGAUGGAAGAUGGAGAAGUCCGGGAGGACGGAGUAGCUGUAAGCGCUGUUGCUCAGCAAGUCCUGUGGAACUGCUUAAUUGAAGACCCCUCUACAGUUCUGCGCCAUUUCCUAGAGAAGCUCACAAUCAGCAACCGACAGGAUGAGCUGAUGUACAUGUUAAGGAAGCUUUUGUUGAACAUUGGAGACUUCCCUGCCCAAACAUCUCAUAUCCUUUUUAACUAUUUGGUAGGACUGAUAAUGUAUUUUGUACGCACUCCAUGUGAGUGGGGCAUGGAUGCCAUUUCUGCCACGCUUACCUUCCUUUGGGAAGUGGUGGGUUAUGUAGAAGGACUCUUCUUCAAGGAUCUCAAACAGACUAUGAAGAAGGAACAGUGUGAAGUGAAGCUGCUGGUGACUGCCUCAAUGCCAGGCACAAAAACCCUUGUCGUGCAUGGACAGAAUGAAUGUGACAUCCCAACUCAGUUACCAGUCCAUGAGGACACACAGUUUGAGGCUCUUCUGAAGGAGUGCUUGGAGUUUUUUAACAUACCCGAAACGCAGUCUUCUCAUUACUUUUUAAUGGAUAAGCGAUGGAAUCUUAUUCAUUACAACAAGACCUACGUCCGUGACAUUUAUCCUUUCCGGAGGUCAGUUUCUCCUCAGCUCAACCUGGUGCAGAUGCAUCCAGAAAAGGGUCAAGAGCUCAUUCAGAAGCAGGUGUUCACCCGCAAGCUGGAAGAAGUGGGCCGGGUAUUGUUCCUCAUAUCACUGACACAGAAAAUCCCUACUGCCCACAAGCAGUCUCAUGUAUCUAUGCUCCAGGAGGACCUCCUCCGCUUGCCUUCAUUUCCCCGAAGUGCCAUUGAUGCUGAGUUCUCACUCUUCAGUGAUCCCAAAGCUGGGAAAGAGCUCUUUGGUCUGGACACUCUUCAGAAAAGCUUGUGGAUUAAGCUGCUGGAGGAGAUGUUCCUCGGUAUGCCCAGCGAGUUCCCCUGGGGGGAUGAGAUCAUGCUGUUCCUGAAUGUCUUCAAUGGUGCCCUGAUCCUGCACCCCGAGGACAGUGCCUUGUUGAGGCAGUACGCUGCCACGGUCAUCAACACAGCCGUGCACUUUAACCACCUCUUCUCCCUCAGCGGGUACCAGUGGGUCCUCCCCAGCAUGUUACAGGUAUACGCUGACUAUGAAAGCAAUCCACAGCUACGCCAAGCGAUUGAGUUUGCGUGCUGCCAGUUCUACAUUCUGCAUCGCAAGCCCUUUAUCCUGCAGCUGUUUGCGAGUGUGGCCCCUCUUCUGGAGUUCCCUGAUGCUACAAACAAUGGAACCAGCAAAGGUGUGUCAGCUCAGUGCCUGUUUGACCUGUUGCAGUCUUUAGAAGGAGACACUCCAGAUAUUUUGGACAUCUUGGAGCUGGUGAAAGCAGAAAAGCCUCUCAAGUCAUUAGACUUCUGCUAUGGGAAUGAAGACUUGACCUUUUCGAUCAGUGAAGCCAUCAAGCUGUGUGUGACAGUGGUGGCCUAUGCUCCUGAAUCAUUCAGAAGCCUCCAGAUGCUGAUGGUCCUGGAAGCACUGGUUCCCUGUUACUUGCAGAAACUGAAACGACAAACCUCUCAAGCGGAGACUGCGACAGCAGCUCGUGAGGAGAUCGCUGCUAUGGCUGCUCUUGCCACCUCUUUGCAGGCCCUCUUGUACAGUGUGGAAGUUCUCACCAGGCCUAUGACAGCCCCACAGAUGAGUCGAUGUGACCAAGGCCAUAAAGGGACCACAGCAGCAAACCACACCAUGUCAGCAGGCGUUAACACCAGGUACCCAGAACAGGGAGCCAAACUGCACUUUAUCAGGGAGAACCUUCACUUACUAGAGGAGGGCCAGGGUCUUCCCCGAGAGGAGCUGGAUGAACGAAUUGCCAGAGAGGAGUUCAGGAGACCACGGGAGUCAUUGCUGAAUAUCUGCACAGAGUUUUACAAGCACUGUGGUCCAAGGCUGAAGAUUCUGCAGAAUCUGGCUGGUGAGCCCCGAGUGACUUCUCUGGAGCUGCUGGAUGUGAAGUCCCACAUGAGAUUGGCAGAAAUCGCACAUUCCCUGCUGAAACUGGCACCUUAUGACACGCAGACGAUGGAAAGCCGAGGUCUCCGGCGCUACAUCAUGGAGAUGCUGCCCAUCACUGACUGGACAGCUGAGGCGGUGAGACCUGCCCUUAUCCUCAUCUUAAAGAGACUGGACCGUAUGUUCAAUAAAAUUCACAAGAUGCCUACUUUGAGGCGCCAGGUUGAGUGGGAGCCUGCCAGCAAUUUGAUUGAAGGGGUUUGUUUGACACUUCAGAGGCAGCCAAUCAUAUCCUUCCUGCCUCACCUUAGGUCUCUGAUCAAUGUCUGUGUCAAUCUGGUGAUGGGAGUGGUAGGACCCUCCAGUGUGGCUGACGGAUUACCCCUUCUUCAUCUCAGCCCUUAUCUCUCGCCACCUCUGCCCUUCAGCACAGCUGUUGUCCGGCUUGUAGCAUUGCAGAUACAGGCUUUGAAAGAAGAUUUCCCCCUAAGCCAUGUCGUCUCCCCAUUCACCAAUCAGGAAAGAAGGGAAGGAAUGCUUUUAAACCUACUGAUUCCAUUUGUGCUCACAGUAGGAUCUGGAAGCAAAGACAGCCCCUGGCUGGAGCAGCCUGAGGUCCUGCUGCUGCUCCAGACCGUUAUCAAUAUCCUCCUGCCACCUCGCAUCAUCAGCACUUCCCGCAGCAAGAAUUUCAUGCUGGAGAGCUCCCCAGCCCACUGCUCCACCCCAGGGGAUGCGGGGAAGGACUUGCGACGGGAAGGGCUGGCAGAGUCCACCAGCCAGGCUGCCUACCUGGCCCUGAAGGUGAUCCUUGUUUGCUUUGAACGCCAGCUGGACAGCCAGUGGUACUGGCUGAGCCUGCAAGUCAAAGAGAUGGCACUGCGGAAGGUGGGAGGGCUGGCCCUGUGGGAUUUCCUCGACUUUAUCGUGCGAACACGGAUCCCUAUCUUUGUGCUCCUUCGGCCCUUCAUCCAGUGCAAGCUGCUGGCCCAGCCGGCUGAGAACCACGAGGAGCUGACUGCCCGACAGCACAUUGCUGACCAGCUGGAGAGACGGUUCAUACCGCGCCCGCUCUGCAAGAGCUCCCUCAUUGCCGAGUUCAAUAACGAGCUGAAGAUCCUGAAGGAGGCCGUGCACAGCGGGUCUGCUUACCAAGGGAAGACAUCUGUGAGCACCGUGGGCACCUCCACCUCCGCUUACCGCCUGAGCUUGGCCACCAUGUCCCGCUCCAACACUGGCACGGGCACAGUCUGGGAGCAGGAGAGCGAGCCAUCCCAGCAGGCCUCGCAGGACACGCUGAGCCGCACAGAUGAGGAGGAUGAAGAAAAUGAUUCCUUGAGCAUGCCCAGUGUGGUAAGUGAACAAGAAGCAUACCUUAUGGGUGCCAUUGGGAGGAGGCGGUUCUCCAGCCAUCUCUCCAGCGUGUCUGCACCUCAGGCUGAGGUGGGCAUGUUACCCAGCCAAAGUGAACCUAAUGUCCUCGAUGACUCCCCGAGCCUGGCCACUGAGGGCAGCCUCUCUAGGGUGGCAAGUGUGCAGAGCGAGCCAGGACAGCAGAACCUUCUUCUGCAGCAGCCCCUGGGGCGGAAGAGAGGCCUACGGCAGCUUCGACGACCACUGCUGUCACGUCAGAAAACUCAAACCGAACCUCGUAGCCGUCAUGGAGCGCGACUUUCAACCACGCGGAGGAGCAUCCAGCCAAAACCAAAACCUGGCGUGGAGCAGAAGCGGUCGGUGACUUUCACGGAGGCCCAGCCCGAGGCAGCAGCCGCCGGCCCGUCGGCCCCGGCAGCCCAGGCGCAGGGCUGCAGCCACAGCAGCCCCCCGGCCACCGGCAAGCAGGAGCCGCCAGCUAAACCUGUGCUGACUUCCUCGCCAGCCAUCGUCGUAGCUGAUCUCCACAGCCCGGCCAGCAGCCAGAGCGAGGCAGUUUCUGCUGAGAAGGAGAAGGAAAAAGAGGAGAGCUUGGAGUCCCGGCCAACAACGGCGCAAAGCACCCCACCGGCACAGCUCUCUGACACCGAGGACUACGCUGGCCUCGAGACCACCAGCCUGCUGCAGCACGGGGACACUGUCCUUCACAUCAGCGAGGACAACGGGAUGGAGAACCCCUUGCUGGCCACUCACUUCAGCUUCACGCACGUGGAGCUUGGGGAGACAGACGUUGAUCUAGAUGAAUCUCACGUUUAACUCUUAGGGUAGUGCUGUAGUGGGAGGAGGAAGAGCAAGCAUACCUUCUUCUUGGAGUUCCCUGGUAGCUAGUAAAUAAUUAAAACAAGAGCACUUUAUUAUCCAAAAGCAGAAAAUAGCUAACAGGCACUUGCUAUAGACUGGCAACCUUUGGUUUGUGAAAUCUAUUUCAGUUCAGGGCAAGACCACAGGAACAGAGAAUUUUUACAAAAUUCUCAGGGUAGGGGUGUGUGUGCAAAUAUGUGGUUCUUGAAACCUUGAUCUGGCAGCCAUGUGCUGUGAGCAGCAGCUCGCUGGGUAAGUGGGUUGCUGUUCUGUGUGAGACAGAAGAGAAACCGCUUUAGAGAUUGUGCCCAAGAUUUAUUUUUGUAGCAUUUUUUGAGGGGGGGGGGGACUAUAUAGUAGCUGAAUCCAAGGCUCUUACACCUUGGUACUGACAAUGAAAACACUAACAAGAAGUACCAAUCUAAAGCUUGAUUUUCACAAGCCUGGAAACAUGGUUUCUAACUUGCAGAGCAAUGAUAAGCACCAUGGAGCAAUUCAGACUUUUGGUUUUUUUUGGCGCUGCAGACUUUAGUUGAGUUUACUUUGUUGGUUUCAUUCCACUCUGUAAGAUAUUGCCCUUGUGCUACAAAAGUAUUUGCUCUGUAAAACUAAAUACAGUACAUACCAUAAGAAGGAAUGCACGUGCUGUGCACAGAUAUAGAGGGGCAGGGGGUGAGUGGGCUGCACAUGGUAUAAAUAGCCCAUGCUCUCCUGCUUAAAUGUACUAAUUCAUCUCCACAGCUUAAAAAAAAACAACAAGAAACCGCAUCUGGAAUGCAUGGACCUUCCAGUACCUAGCAACUGCUCCACUGAUGCUGUCGUAUGUACUUAGAUAUAGGGAUUUAAAGUAAAUAUUUAUCUACGGUAUUUUCAUGUUCCUAUAUAUAAAUAUAUAUAUACAUAUAUACACAUUGUAAACAAAAGAUGGAUAUUGCAGGGCAGAAACUUGAUGAAAGAGUCUAUUUUUGGCAUGUUGAGAUUGUAUUUAAAAAAGUUCCAUUUUACGUAUGCAAUGUUCAUGGCUGCAAGUAUUAGAGAUAUAUAGACAUAUGUAAAGUUUAUAUGUAGGUGGAGACCCCCGUGGGGGAUCAGCUUAAGUCACAGCUGAGUUAUGGGCUAUGCUGCAGCAUCAUGGAAUUAGGCUGAAAUGUGAAUUUAGCCAUUAGCUGCUCAGAGGCGAAUUGCAAAACAGCUGUGAAACAAACCAUGAAAUCAUUAGCAACGCCCAAAGUUACCCUCUGCUUUGGGAAUCCUAUACUGCCUUUUUCAGCUUACGUUAGAUGAAGUGGAGUUUAUAAUCAUGGUGUUAUUGUGCAGAGGAAAAUCUUCUAGAUCAUCCUGAGAGUCUGUAGAAUGUGCUAAUUACCAGUUUGGCUCCCAAGGGCUUGCAAUUUGGGCACACGCAUCAUAAAACAGCCUUACUGAGGAGACAGAAUUAUAUCCUCCUGUCCAUCUCCAAUGAAAAGACUUGCAUCUCCCUUCAACAGCUCUGAAAUGGCUGUUUAAACUGCCUCACUGCUCCAGUGCAACGUGCAGUUUUUACUGUUGCAUGGAAAAUUAACCACAUACCUGACGGCGGGUUUGAGCCUGCUGAACCUACGGAGCCUUCGGGCUGCGCUGCCCGGUCUUGGCCAAGUGCUCAAAUGUGACUGGAGCUGUGCCCACGUUAAACCUCUGAACACAGCAAAAGCCAUCUCUGUCCCGGGCUCAGAGGUACUGAGUGUGCUCGGCUACCGCCGCUUUGCUCAGACAUGGAGACUCUCAGCACCUCUUGGGACAAGCAGGACUAAAAAGGCAGCAUCUAUAUCACUAUAUAUAUAUAUAUAGGUGGUGUACUAACGCAACUUUAAAGAGUUUUGUAAGAGAGGUGGUUUGGUGAGGAUGGCAGUAUCUCGAUCUGCUGCUUGAUGUGUGUCUUGGAUGACAAACCGCUUCCUCUGCUGAGCAAAACACGCUGUACCGCUUCUUAUCUCCUCAGCGCGCUGGAGCCAGCCCCAGCUACCUGCUUUGGAUUAGCUCCUAGCUUGGAUGUCACUCAAAGAAAUGCUAAAUUCCACAUGCUAAGUUGUAUUAUUAACAGUGACGCACAAAUGAGGGAAAACACGGCUUCACUUGCAAAUCCCAAGGUAGGCUGGGUUACUGGCAGUGGGGUGGGGGAGAGUUUCAGGCACAAACUGAGUAGGUGGCUGGGACACAACACACACAGAAUUCAUGGUGUGUUUUACAGAGUGACCUUUUCUGCUGAAAAUGAGAAGGGAGCAUCUUCCUUAAUGAAAAGUAGAUGCAUCACCAUGGUAUUCUAAGACUGAGAAAAAUAACUGUGAUUUGCUUCAUUUAAUUCAGUGUAUGUAAUAAAUGUCUCCAUUCAGAUUUCCCACUGUCACUGGUGAACAUGCAGUAGUAAGCCAUAGAAAAACUCAAAUGCCUUGUUUUAAUGUCUACGCUGCUAGAAAUCAAUGGAGCUUAUAAAUGAUGUAAUCCAUAAUUUAUCUUUAUUCAGGUGGCCAGGCAGAUGGCUUUGGUUUUGUUGGAUGGUUGUUGAGAGAGGGAACAGACAGGCAGACCAGUCAGCCUGUUUUCUCCUGAGUUUUACUAUCAGUUGCACUUAAUACUGUACUAACAGGGCGCAUACAACGUACUUUAGCUGGUUUUGUGCUUUCCUCCAGUACCUCUGUAACAGAACUGGUGUAUUUCUGCUGUGAAGACAAAUGAUGCUGCUUAAAUAGUGUUAGAGGCCUUAAGCGCAUGUCACGCUCAACCACUGUCUGGGCUGUGCAAGUCUUGUCCGUGUGUCGGUUGGUGCCAUUGCCUCAGCGUUUUAUGCAAACGUUGUCCCAAGGACUAAAUACAGAGCGGUCUGACGACAAAA